GAGUCCAACUUUGAUGCCACUCGGUGCGAUGUCUACUAUGUAGUCUGUGCACGGGUCGUCUCAGGAUCGUUUCAGCAAAGCAUCUUUGCGUUUAUCUACCAUUCAAUCUCCGGCAUCCCCAUCGAACCAAUCAGCCGUCUUGGUUUCCGCGUUUCAACUAAUCAGCCGUGAAAGUGCUAUUGCUAUAUAUCAGGUGGUCGUGUACGAGAGAUAACAGGCACCUAACGAACCUGACCUAGCCUAAGGUAAAGUAAUUUUAUUCGAAGUGAAGAGAUUCUUUCAUAUCUCAAGUAUUUGGUUUUGAAUCAUUUCGGCUUCGCGUCGACUCCCUCGGCGAGAUCGCGCACUGCGUAAUUUCAUUUCAUUUUACGAGCAUCGGAGAUAUAUAUACCGCGAGAAGAGGAAAACAAAAUGAGGUGCCGAGGCGCCGUUACCCUGCCCCUGUUGCUAGUGCCGGAAUUACUCGUCGGGGUCAUGGCCGGCAAUUUCGUCGACGAGAUACGACGGAAUUUCCAGAUGGGCUUGUUCGCGCGGCAAGAAAUCAAUGAUAUCCAGCAAUUCAAUCCGAGUGGUCCUUUGGGAGGCAAAGCUGCAGCAAAAAUAGAGUUUGACCCGAGCAAUACAGAGAAGCCUUUCAAAAUAACCAACAGCCGUUUAUCAGAAGGCCAGACGUUUAACGACUUCGGCACCGCAUCUAAGCGCGUAUGCGACGACCAGAAGAACGACUGCGCCGAUUCCGCGAAUAGCGGCAAUAACAAGGAUUUCAGCGUGCAAGACUGCGACAACCAACAUGACCAAUGCAUGGCAGUAAACCAGCCUUUUGAAGACGACGGCGAAUUUCUAUAUUUCUGCGAAUGAAUGGGGAGGGGUGGGUGUCAUACUGGUUUAUUAUGGAUUAGCUCGCAACUACAAUGAUAGGGGGCUUAUCAGCUUGUCAUCCAUAACCUCCUCAGUCCUUAGGGGGCAAGCCUCUCAGCCAGGACUGAGACACGGCAUUCUAGUGUGAGGUUAAUUGCGACUUCGCAUCAUACUUCACGGGCUAUCCAGGAGUUAGGAUAGGGGUUAGUGGAUUGGGUGAGGCAUAUCUGAUAAGUCACGGGGAGAACUUAGCACAAACAAAAAGAAGCGAGAUCAAGGACUCUCUUUAAUAGUAACGUGUAGCAUAUAAUUAGCAGGUACUUAGGUGACCAAUAAAUAC